AUGCACUUCCAAACCAUCCUCGCCGUCGCAUCAGCGACCAUCCUCGCCUUCGGCUCCGGCGCCGCCGCACGCCGAGUAAUGGUUCUCCCCAUCCAAAUCUACCAGGGCAACAACAUGAUUCUGGAGCUCAAGGACCAAGUAGCCGGCGGCACGGCCUACGCCAGCAUCCAUCUCAGGGGUCAACCGAGAAUGCAACAGUAUCCCAUCCCCAUCUCCAAGACAGGAAACCCAGACCCCUCGCAGUUGCCACCGGGCUACACGGCCAUAGCCAAUCGUGCCGGAGCGAGAGUAGUCGACCUGCUGCCGGAUGGCUCAGUCCCUGGCGCCGGGACGGGCGGCGCACGCAGCCCCAGGUCACCGCGCAGGAGACUCACGGUUCCCGGGGUGACGGACAGGCUGGGUCGGUGA